AUGGGGAAGGCUGUGAAGUGCGCGUGUAGCCUCGGACUGAUGGUCCUGGCGAUGGUGAUGGUUGUGGGGAUCGCUGAAGGGCGUCGGCUUGAGAAAGAUAACUUGCUUGGCGGUGGUGGGAUCGGAGGAGGGUUCGGUGGUGGAGUUGGUGGGGGCUUUGGUGGCGGGACUGGUGUCGGUGGUGGCUUUGGAGGUGGUAAAGGUGGAGGGGGUGGUUUUGGUGGUGGUGCUGGUGCUGGUGGCGGGGCUGGAGGUGGCUUUGGAGGUGGAGCUGGUGGAGGUGCCGGUGCUGGAGGUGGCUUUGGAGGCGGCAAAGGUGGUGGUAGAGGGAGUGGUGGAGGUGGUGGUUCUGGCGGUGGAUUUGGAGGUGGCAAGGGUGGUGGAGCUGGUGGAGGCGGUGGCUUUGGAGGUGGCAAAGGUGGUGGAGCUGGAGGAGGAGUUGGUGGUGGAGCAGGUGGCGGAGGUGGUGCCGGUGGUGGCUUUGGGGGAGGCAAAGGAGGUGGAGCUGGUGGAGGUGUAGGUGGUGGAGCCGGUGGAGGGGCUGGAGGCGGAGGUGGAGCUGGUGGAGGUGCAGGUGGUGGCUUUGGGGGAGGUAAAGGAGGUGGAGCUGGUGGAGGGGCUGGAGGCGGAGGUGGAGCUGGUGGAGGUGCAGGUGGUGGCUUUGGGGGAGGUAAUGGAGGUGGAGCUGGUGGAGGUGUAGGUGGUGGAGCCGGUGGAGGGACUGGAGGCGGAGGUGGAGCUGGUGGAGGUGUAGGUGGUGGAGCUGGUGGAGGUGCAGGUGGUGGCUUUGGGGGAGGUAAAGGAGGUGGAGCUGGUGGAGGUGUAGGUGGUGGAGCCGGUGGAGGGACUGGAGGCGGAGGUGGAGCUGGUGGAGGUGUAGGUGGUGGAGCCGGUGGAGGGACUGGAGGCGGAGGUGGAGCUGGUGGAGGUGUAGGUGGUGCCUUUGGGGGAGGUAAUGGAGGUGGAGCUGGUGGAGGUGUAGGUGGUGGCUUUGGGGGAGGUAAUGGAGGUGGAGCUGGUGGAGGAGUAGGUGGUGGAGCCGGUGGAGGGGCUGGGGGCGGAGGUGGAGCUGGUGGAGGUGCAGGUGGUGGCUUUGGGGGAGGCAAAGGAGGUGGAGCUGGUGGAGGUGCAGGUGGUGGCUUUGGGGGAGGUAUUGGAGGUGGAGCUGGUGGAGGUGUAGGUGGUGGAGCCGGUGGAGGUGCUGGAGGCGGAGGUGGAGCUGGUGGUGGUGCUGGCGGAGGAAUCGGAGGUGGAGGUGGUGCUGGUGGCGGGGUUGGCGGUGGCUCCGGCGGAGGUUUUGGAGGAGGAAUCGGGGGUGGUAAUGGAGGGGGCUUUGGCGGAGGAGGCGGCAUUGGUGGAGGCUUUGGAGGCGGCAGCGGUGCAGGUGGUGGAUCGGGCGGUGGAAUCGGGGGUGGCGGUGGAGGAGGAGGUGGUGGUGGUGGGUUCUAA